AUGCCUGGGGCUAGCGGUGGAGAUGUUGAUUCUAAGCCUUGUCCAGUUUCUCUUGUGUGUGACAUCUGCUUGUGGCGUUGUAAUGCGCGUAUUAUUUAUUUUAUAGGAAAUUUAGCAUUAGAGAGACCUGCUUGGCAGGCGUACAAUUUUACCGGUAAAUCUAUAGAAUGGGGUGCCUCAAAAGCGGUGGAUGGGUUUUAUGCCAAGCGUGGAGCUAAUGGAAACAAAUGCACGAUCUCGGGAAACGAACAACGUACGGCGACAUGGUGGGUGAAUCUACAGAGUGUUGUCAGCAUUAGUUAUGUCAAGAUCUACUACAGAACUGAUAAUCUUCAAAGUCCUAGCGUAUACGUUAGUCGAUUUGCAGGGUUUUUCCUAUAUGUUUCCAACACGACCGCAAAAGAAGACGGUCAUCUAUGCUUCCAUGAGAUACAGAAUAUCAGUGGUACACCUAUAGAAGAUCAGAGGAUAAACUGCUCUGUUUAUGGACAAUAUGUUAUAUACUACAACGAAAGGAAAGCUGGUGUGACGUAUCCUAAUUACUACUCUAAUUAUGCAUAUAAUGAAUUAUGUGAAUUGGAGGUCUAUGGAUGCCCUGAUUCUAGAUAUUACGGAAAAUAUUGUGACAAACUUUGUCCAAACAGUUGUCUUGGACAAAGGUGUAAUAUAUCUACAGGGAACUGCCUAGCAUGUACGCCGGGAUAUAAAGGACCUCGCUGUAGUCAGGAAUGUGAUGUUGGAAAAUAUGGCUUGAAAUGCAAAAGACUCUGUGGAUACUGUCGUGAUGGAACAUCUUGUCACCAUAUAGAAGGUACAUGUCUACAAGGAUGUUCUCCUGGAUAUAUGGGUUCCCUUUGUGACAGUGAAUGUGACAUUGGAAUGUAUGGUGCUAACUGCAGUCACACCUGUGGUCAUUGUCUGAAUGAUACACAAUGUCAUCAUGUUAACGGUACUUGUUUACAAGGAUGUUCCACUGGCUACAAAGGAUUUCCUUGUACUGAAGAAUGUGGUCUCGGAAGAUACGGAUAUAAAUGUUAUGGAACUUGCGGCCAUUGUAUCAAUGAUACAAACUGUGACCACGUCAAUGGUUCUUGUGUACAGGGGUGUUCUUCUGGAUACGUGGGAUUGCUAUGUAACACACAAUGUGAAAUGAGGAAGUGGGGUAUAAACUGUAGGAACAAUUGUAGCACAGACUGUGUCAAUCAGAAAUGUUAUCACCAUUCUGGAGAUUGUAUAACAAAUAAGCCUUUAGAACUACAAGAAGAAAGGCCUUCAGCACUUGCUAUAGCUGGUGGAGUGAUUGCCGCCAUUUUUGUACUCCUAAUUAUUGUAGUUUCCAUCAUCUUGCGCAGGAGAACACAGACAUUGAAAGCCAGUAAUGCAGACAAAAGAACGAUGAGUGCAGAAACAAACCUAUCUGAUAUUAAUACACCCUCAAAAACAGUAAACGAAGGUUUAAGAAAUAUUUAUGAGAAUAUGGAGGGAACGUCAUAUUUCAAGGAGAAGAAGGACUCUAACGUUAUUUCCAAUAAGCACAGCAAAGAACCGAAAACAAGAAACAAUGAGCGCGACGAUGACAUUGAUAAUGAUGAGAAAUUACAUGACGAAAAUCCAUACGGAGAUUUCUAUAUAAAUGAAAAAACUAUCCCAGAUAUAAAUAUCGAAGAUUUAGAAAGUACUAUUAAGGAAAAACGAAAAAAUGAAGAUGAUGGCUUCAAAAGAGAGUAUGCGGCCAUGCCUUAUGGUGAGAAGUACCCUUGCGACGCUGGAAAACAACCAGAAAAUGUACCAAAGAACAGAUUCAAGACAACAUUUCCAUACGAUCAUUCCAGAGUCAAACUGUCCAACAGCCAGUCAGACUACAUUAAUGCCAAUUUUAUUGAGGGUACAAAAAAGCCAGAUGAAUAUAUUGCAGCACAAGGACCUCGUCAAAACACACUGACAGAUUUCUGGUCCAUGAUUUGGCAGGAGAAUGUUGCGCAAAUAGUUAUGCUUACCAACCUCAAAGAAGGGAACAAAAUAAAAUGCACCAAGUACUGGUCAGAUUUGAAUCAAUCUAAUGCCUUUGGUUUGAUAUCACUAUGCACGGAAGAAGAGCAAAGCUAUGCCAGUUAUAAAAUCAGGAAAUUUAGGGUAACCUACAAAGGGCAUCAGCUAAAAAAAUCUCGCCUGGUAACGCAGUAUCACUACACAGCCUGGCCGGAUCACGGGACUCCGGAACCGCUCUGUCUUGUAGUUUUCCAUGACCAGGUAACAAGGACAAAAGAUAACCAAAAUGGUGGCCCAACAUUAGUACACUGCAGUGCUGGUAUCGGACGUACAGGGACAUAUAUCGCUAUUGACGCUUUAUAUAAGGAAGGCAAAACAGAGAGGAAAGUCAACAUUGCGGAAUACGUCAAGAAAAUGAGGGAAAAUAGAAUGAACAUGGUCCAGACUUAUGAGCAGUAUAUUACUAUAUUUCUGGCACUUGACGCUAUGUUCAAAUCUCCAACCUGUGUACAAACCAAACUUGAAUUCUUAAGGAAAGCAGAGUUAAUGACACGUGAUAAACCAGCCAAUGAAAGUGAACUAAGAAAGGAGUUCCAGAAUCUACUAAGAGUUCGACCGUCAUACACAGAAGCCGACUAUAAGCUGGCGUUACAGAGCGGGGAAAGUAUAUCUUCUGUUCUUCCACUUGACAAGUACAGCCUUUUUCUGUCUUCAAAUAUACCAAAGCGACGCAAUUACAUCAAUGCGGUUUCACUACCUUCUUACACCAAGAACAAUGGAUUUAUAAUAACUCAUUAUCCGUCACCAGAGGACGCUGUGGACUUCCUGCGCCUGCUCACUGACCAUGCGUCAGAAACGGUGAUUUGUAUGGAUCCUUUGAGAGAGGUUGAGUCAACACAGAAAUGGUUGCCAUCUACCAACAAUUCAAAAGCUUUAUCCUUCUUUACUGUACACUGCGAGCAAGAGAAAGUCACUGAAAUGAAAUGCACCAUAAUCAACAUCAUUCAGAAUGGAGAAAAUAACGAGAGUUGUUUGGUAUCGGUUAUAGAGCCAAAGGAAAACUUUCAAACAACAGAUCGUUCCCAGGUGACAGCGCAGAUGUUACGUUUGGUUUCAUUUGUUCUUCAGAGUGAAACAGAAGGCCCUAUAACGAUAGUCAGCAGUGAUGGCGCUGCCCUUUGUGGAGUGUUCUGUGCUGUAUAUAAUGUGAUACAACAGUUGUCUAUGGACGGAGAGGUGGAUAUUUUCUCUACUGUCCGUAUGUUACAGAUACAUCGACCAGAACUGUGCUCCACCGUGGAGGAGUACAGAAUGGUUUACGAUGUCGUGUUGGAUUACAUUCGGGCACAAGAGGACUCAUCUGAGGAAAAUAUUUACUGCAACCAAUAAUGGCAGUCUGUAAAGAAAGUGUUAAUUACUUUAAGUCUGAUUUUUAAGUACAGUGU